UGUUCGCGUUCGGUCAGUCCCAGUCGAGCGCUGCUACUCCCCGCGUCGUGACGAUCUGAGUACGAGCUGCUCCCUCGCCGCGCGCGCGAUAUUGCCUUAUCUUAUAUGUGACUACGUUCGCAACACCGUGUGCCAAGUCCGCGCCGUCCACGUUGAGUUUGCAUUUUUGUUUUUUUUUACGUCUCUAGCUUAAAUUUUUCCGGGAAAUAGUGUUUGCAAAAGUGUGAAACUGCAUUGGCGACGUGCGUCCAUAGUGUCACGUUACGCAGAUUUAGCUGGGAAGUGCUCGUGAAGUAAUCCGGAGUGAUCUGCGAAGUAUGUGCACCGGAGCUCUAGACGUUUGUUUACGGAUGUGAUCUUGAACCUGAAAUCGCAGUCGAACACGUUUUUCUAGAAAGCAAUACAUACCCAUACGGAGAAAAGCUGUUGUGAUUGUACCUAAAGAGCUUCGAUAGAUGUGUGAGAAGAAAGAUACUAAAAGCCGUGUGACGUCGUGUUAAAAAAUUAGAUCAUAGUAGAUGCGUCACCGUUGAUACAACGUGCAAGUCACAGAAACUCAUGGGACGACAUCGACGGCGACGGUCGUGACGAUACUCGUGAUAAUCAUCAUCGCACAGUUCAGAAAGAAACACAUUCCUGCCUAAAAAAGAGCCACCAUGCUGCGUUUCAGCCACGACAUUGACCUACUAAGCCCAAGCUGCCGAAACUCGUCGGUUUGUUGAACAGGUUGUUCCAGAAGUUCUCACCAGAUCAACCAAAUGACGGACGAGGUAAAACUCAAACCAUCAAUCAACGCCCUCGUCGCUAACACUAGUUACCGGGUGUCACUCCAAAGCUAUUCGCUGCUGUUUCCGUCGUUACUUCCGCUCGUAAGGAUUUAACUGGGGGACACAUCGCGCUUUUAAGUUAAGCCCUAAGUUUCGGUUGAUACAGUAUUUUUUUGUGUGUGUGUGGAAGAAGUAUAGCAGUUACUCUAGCGUUUGCCGAAAACAUGGACGAGAAAGGAAUCAAGUUCCUGCCGACGACAACUAAACCACGACCCAGAAUGCCGAAAGUCGGAUGGAGGCGAUCCGUGUCAGAUCGCAUCCCGGCCCGGUUGGUGCUGUACUUCCUGUCGUGGUCCGGCUUCCUGGUGUCGUUCAUGAUGCGCAACGACAUUAACUUCGCCCUAGUGGCCAUGGUGCGUGACAGUUCGUCCAACUCGUCCGUUAACGGCCACUGCGCACCAUCCAGUAUGGCGGCCCUGGUGGGAUCAUCACCAUCUGCGGUGACCAACGGCAACUUUUCAGAAUCGCUGCUACUGGGAAAUUUUACCGCCAACGGCGACGACGAUGUCGGGGCUGGUAUUGAUCUUCUGAUGGGAGCGGACGUGGUGGCAGAACGACGCGAUGAGAAUCUGUACGGGAAUUUUGACUGGGACUCGACGGUUCAGGCCGUCAUUAAGGGUUCGUUCUACUGGUGCUACGUACUGUCGCAGGUGGCCGGCGGAGUGGCCACUCAGUACUUCGGGACGAAGAGCGUGUUUGGCUGGAGUCAGUUCUUCACAGCUGCUUGCAGUUUAUGCAUUCCGUACGCUUCGGACAUUCAUUAUGGAGUGGUUAUUUUACUGCGGUCGAUCCAAGGAUUCGCCAGCGGGUUGACGUGGCCUGCUAUGUAUGCCAUCGUUGGAUACUGGAUACCACCGGUCGAACGGAGUCGGUUCAUGUCCAGUUUCCAAGGGUUUAGUAUUGGAAUAGGAUUAACUUACCCGUUGUGUGGGUUCAUCAUUGCCCACUUUGGUUGGAGAUUGGUGUUCUACACGACCGGUACUAUUGGAAUGAUUUGGUGCCUGUUUUGGUACCUGCUGGCAUUCAAUACCCCUCAAGAGCAUCCUCGGAUAACGCCGGAAGAGCUGGAGUACAUCGAACUGAAUGUGAGCGAAGACAUCAAAAACGGUCAGGGCAUGAAGGUGCCCUGGAAGAAGAUAUUUACAUCGAUGCCGGUGUACGCCAUCGGUUUGACCACUUUCGGGCGUAUUUGGGUUCACUAUACGUUCAUCAUGUCCGGACCGGAGUACAUGCAGAAGAUCCUCUGCUUCGACAUCCAGCAGAAUGGACUGCUCAGCGGAACGCCGUUCCUGUGUUCGUACUUGUCCUCGGUUUUGUUCUGCUAUAUUGCCGACAUUCUGGUGCACAAGCAGCUGAUGACACUGACCAACGUGCGGAAGCUAUUCACCGCCCUGUCGCAAAUCGUGCCCGGCGUUCUGGUGCUCCUGGUUGGAUACCUCGGGUACAACAUUGUGACGGUGCUGGUGCUGUGGUUUGUUGCCGUGACGUUCAUUACGGCGUCCUAUGCCGGAGCCAUGGCCAACAUCGUGGAUAUUGCGCCCAACCUGGCUGGACCGGUGCUGGCGUUCGCACAGACCAUACACAUGACGGCGUCGUUCCUACAGCCUCUGGUGACCGGAGUUAUGGUGACCGAUGCG